AUGAAUUCCAGCCUGGGAGAUCUGAAUGCUACAAAGACCUAUUAUGGGUAUAACAAUACCAUUGACUCAUAUGAGUACACAGAAGAGAUCCCCCCUUCUGUUUUAGGAGGGAUUCCUUGGACAAGCAUUACUUUAAUAACCUGUUGUAUUGGAUUUGUGGGCAAUGGCUACAUCAUCUGGCUACUUGGCUUCCAGAUGAGGAGAAACUGUUUCACCACAUUCAUCCUUAACUUGGCCAUUGCAGACUUUGGGUUCCUCACAUCUAUAUUUAUAUUUUUUAUCUAUAGAUUUGCCAACUUGCUAGGAAGUAUUCUCAGCUUCAUCUGUUUUUUUUUCUCCGACGUGAUGUACAUCAAUACUCACUUUCUUAUGACGGCCAUCAGCAUUGACCGGUGUGUGGUUGUCCUCUUCCCAAUCUGGCAUCGCUGUUCACGGCCAAAACAUUUGUCCCCUGCUGUCUGUGUCAUCCUCUGGACCUCCUCUUUCCUCCUUGUUGGAAUUGUGCACAUUAUGGUGUUCACAAAAGUCAUUGUAAAUGAGAGACUGUCCAAUCUUCAUUUCCUUCUGACUGCUACUGUUUGCCUUCCGUUGAUCACUCUCUCUACUGUGGUCCUUUUCAUCAAAGUGUGUCUUAAAUCGAAUCAGAAGAAUCAGGGUCGGCUUUUACUGAUGAUUUUAAUCACUCUCCUCUGUUUCCUCAUCCUUGCUUUUCCAUUAUCAAUCAUUGCAGUGAUUUUUAAAUUUUUAAGUUCUGAAGCUGAAAAGAAACUUAAAUAUUUUGGUAUAUGGAGUUUAGUGCUUUCUUGUCUAAAUAGCAGCAUUAAUCCAGUGAUAUAUUUUCUAGUUGGGAGGAAAAAAGGAUCUCGGUCCAAGGAGAGCAUGAAGGUCAUUUUGCAAAACGUCUUCAAAGAAGGUGAAGUUACCAGAGGGAGAUAG